CCCGGUUCCCCAGGCUUGACCAGCGCCUGAGGAGGUAUGCUCCUCGAACGCUGGGCCUGUGCGCGCGCCCAGCACACACACGUGGCUCCUUGAUUGGCCACGUGGUGUCUGCUGUUGGUGACGUGGCUGUCCAUGACGCGCGGACAGGGGUACCGCCAGCAGAGAUUGAAGACGACGAUAAACGUGGCGGCGCAGCACUUCGGGAACGAGAUGGAGGUGGAUGGGGAGUUGCAAUGUGGAGAUAGUUUUUACUACACAGAGAUCUAUGAUACUAAUGAUGACGUCUGGUAUGGAGAGGACGAUGGGCAUGAUGAGGUGGACGUGGCCAGCUACUUCGCAAACCUUUCCGCAGUCUACUUGGAGGGCGUGAUUGGUGACGAUGAGCAGAAAGAAGGAGACGUUGACAAUAGCGAAACAGGCGCGCUGGAGGACGAUGACGUCAUUGGCUACUUCGCGGCCAUCAAUUCGGUGUGUGGGGAGCGCACACCAGAAAGGGAUUAUCAGCGCCGGGAGUGGGAGUAUGGCGUUGGUGAAGUGAGAGGGUGGGACGUGGAGUGGGGGCAGAAGGCAACAGUGACACUACCGGUGAUGACAACAGCAUGCAUGUUAAUAUCAUCAUCUACAACAACAUCUCUUGAUGUUGACGAUGUCCCUCAGCCUCAGCGGGAUGCUGAGGAGAGGGUUUAUAUUGCCCUCAAUGAGGAGGAGGGGCUGACGACUAUCGCUGAGAUGGGGAUGAUGGGAGGCAACGAUGUCAGUAAGGACGGGAAGGGUGUGCAGGGCGAGAAGGACAUCAACAACAUUGACAACGACGACGAAGACAACGACAACAACAGCAACAACAAUGACAACGCCGGCGUGGAUGAGGGUGGAAAGGGUAGAAAGGGUGAAAAGGGUGAGGAGGGUGCGAAGGAUGAAACUGACAACAACAACAACAGCAACAACAACAAUAACAACAUCAACAUCAACAACAGCUCUAAUGGCAACACCAAUAUCAACAAUCCAGACGACGGCGAUGGCAAUAACCACGAGAGCAGCGGUGCUGAGAGGGGAGCUGAUGCAUCCAACUUCAGCAUCAUGGGGAAGAUGCUGCCAUCAGUGCAGUGGGGGGGAACCUGCUGCUUGUUGUGGAUGGCGAAUUGGGGCGUGAGGCUGAAGUUACGAUUCACCGUUCCUCUCCACCCUUGCAUGGUGUUUAUCCACGAUGAAGUGUCUCUUYAUUUCUGGCACCGGGUGGGGAUAGGAUAGGCAAUCUCCCUGCGAUGAAUGGGGCUGAUUAAGGAUUGAUUAGGGAUUGAUUCCCUCUCAUCUUUCUAACCCUCAAUUCCUAAUMCUGAAACRACUGUGGGGAUAUAUGCUUCGUAUGAUUACUACCGAGSGCCGAUYGCCUUCCCAAAGGAUGYAGAUAUGAUGAUACUUCAUGGGCACGAGGUCAAUCCUUCCCUGUCGCAGGGAAGUAAUCAAUGCCUCUGCUCUUU